GUUAUCUCCCUGUGUCAGGCUGCGGUAAUGUUGUUAUCAAGCUGUAAAACUUACAUGACUUAUUUUUGUUUUUGGUUCAAGAAACGUUAAACUUAGUCCAGAUCCACUCAGAGAAAAAAAGGUCAAGAAAGUACAGAAACCAAUAAAUUGUCGGACCACAAAAACUCAGAUAGAAUUGGUAUUACGUCCCUUGAUCGAAAUACAGUUCAGUUUUAAUUGGAACACAUUAGUUUUCAUGCUGGAGGAAACUGUCAAACCUGUAUAGAAUGGAUGAUAAACCUAAUGAAUGUGAUAUAUGUGGUAAAGGGUUUAGACAUAGUUCAAAUUUGCAGAGACACAUGAGAAUACACACUGGUGAUAAACCUAAUAUAUGUGAUAUAUGUGGUAGAAUGUUCAGUCAGAGUUCAAUCUUACAGAGACACAUGAUAACACACACUGGUGAUACACCUCAUAAAUGUGAUAUAUGUGGUAAAGGGUUUAGUCCUAGUUCAAACUUAAAGAGACACAUGAGAACACACACUGGUGAUAAACCUCAUAAAUGUGAAAUAUGUCCUAAAGGGUUUAGUCAUAGUUCAGAUUUGCAGAGACACAUGAUAAUACACACUGGUGAUAAACCUUAUAAAUGUGAUAUAUGUGCUAAAGAGUUUAUUUAUAGUUCAAGUUUACAGAAACACAUGAGAAUACACACCGGUGAUAAACCUGAUAAAUGUGUUACAUAUGGUAAAGGAUUUAGUCAGACUGGACCCUUACAUAGACACAUGAGAACAUACACUGGAGAUAAACCAUAUGAAUGUGAUAUAUGUGCUAAAGGUUUUAUUUAUAGUUCAAGUUUACAGAGUCAUAUGAGAAUACACACUGGUGAUAAACCUUAUAAAUGUGAUAUAUGUGGUGAAGGAUUUACUCAGACUGGAACCUUACAGAGACACAUGAGAACACACACUGGUGAUAAACCUUAUAAAUGUGAUAUAUGUGGUAAAGGGUUUAGUCUUGGUUCAAAUUUACAUAGACACAUGAGAACUCAUACCGGUGAUAAACCUUAUAAAUGUGUUAAAUGUGGUAAAAGAUUUAGCCAAACUGGAGACUUACAGAGACACAUGAGAACUCAUACUGGAGAACGUUAUAAUUGUAAUGAAUGUGGUAGAAGGUUUACUUACAGUAGUUCUUGUCGCAGACACAUGAGAACGCAUACCUGAGAACAACCUUAAAAAUGUGAUAUAUAUGUGGCAGAAGAUAUACUGACAACAGUUCUUAUCAUAAACACCUGAAAAUACAUACUGGAGAUAAAUCGCAUAAUUGUGAUAUAUGUGAUAGAGUUUCUUCAGAAUCAGCAAUUGCAGGCACACAUGAGAACACACACCCAUGAUGAACCUUAUAAACUAUAUGUUUGUGCGACAGCUUACAGUCGCAGUUGUAGCUUUAAAACAUACAUUAAAAUACACACUGGAGAUCGUCCAUACAAAUGUGAUGUAUAAGAGAAGCUUAA